AUUGCCACCUCAACCGAUGAGACUAGUACAGUUCCGACAUCUUCAGCUGAGACCUCGACAAUUGCCACGUCAACCGAUGAGACUACUACAGUUCCGACAUCUUCAGCCGAGACUUCGACAGCCGAGACCUCGACAAUUGCCACAUCGACCGAUGAGACUAGUACAGUUCCGACAUCUUCAGCUGAGACUUCGACAAUUGCCACCUCCACCGCUGAGACUACUACAGUUCCGACAUAUUCAGCAGAGACCUCGACAAUUGCCACCUCGACCGAUGAGACUACUACAGUCCCGACAUCUUCAGAUGAGACCUCGACAAUUGCCACCUCGACCGAUGAGACUAGUACAGUUCCGACAUCUUCAGGUGAGACCACGACAGCCGAGACCUAA